UCCCCUUUAGUGGCCCAUCGGAUUCGACGUCGGUUUCGGAGUGGCACCGCGCGUCGAGUACAUAUCAUAUUAAGCGAUUUCCACUCACGACACGUCACGUCUCUAAGCCGUUCGCGGAAUUCUUAAGUGUUAUCUUUCAGAAACAAUAAAAAAAAAAAAAAUAUGUAAUAAAAACAAUUUCGAAUACGCGUUCGGAAACCGGGGUCGGGCGCCUACAGCUGUGGCGCCGUCGAGCGGCGGCGGCGGCGUCACGCGCUACGACAACAACGCGGCGCACGCACACACACUUGCGAUCCACAACAGUUGUACGUUUUUGUAGAUAAUAACAAUUUCGCGCGUUGUGUGUGUGUAGGUGACGACGAGGUGUCGAACGCGAGAUAACCGCGAUAACGUGUACGGCCACCGAACGUCAUUGUUGCAACCGCGUCCGACCAUCUCGCGACACUUCUGUUCACCGUCGCCGACGUCGUCUACGUGCGCAACCACGAAUUCCAAGUCCGGUAGACGUCGAUCACUCAACGCACCUUUGUGCCCUUGCGCCCCGCCGAGACCAACGGUAAAUGGCACCGGCCCUAUCGCAAUCCGUUUCGCAUCUGGCCCGUUGACUUUACUGGUAAAAGUAUUCGUAUCGUGCGACACGACGACGCACUCCCCGCCGCCGCCUCCGCUGCCAAACACCGUCGAAACACCUUCGCGUACCGUUCAACGUUUCGUCGUUCUCCACCACCCUUCCCUCCCCCACAAGCACGGCUUGUAGUGAUGUGUUGAUCGACGACGAGUUUUCGCGCUUGUGAUUUCUCGUUCGCGCCUUCUCGUUCUUUACCCGCGAACGCGCGCCAGCCAAAAAGGCGGUGGCCGUCGUCAAUUCUCCGGAAUCUUGUGCAUCCAUCGUCACUGGCAAUAUGUGGAAAGUACGAGAACUGGCCGAUAAAGUGACGAACGUAGUCCUAAAUUACACAGAAAUUGAAGCCAAAGUCAGAGAGGCGACCAACGAUGAAGCUUGGGGACCCACAGGUAAUUUAAUGCAAGAAGUAGCUCAAGCAACAUUCAUGUUUGAACACUUCCCUGAAGUUAUGGGAAUGUUGUGGAAGCGAAUGUUACACGAAAAUAAGAAAAACUGGCGAAGGACUUACAAAAGUUUAUUGUUAUUAAAUUAUUUGGUAAAAAAUGGAUCUGAAAGAGUUGUUACAUCAGCACGUGAACAUAUUUAUGAUUUAAGAGGAUUAGAAAAUUAUUCAUUUGUUGAUGAAUUUGGUAAAGACCAAGGAAUUAACAUAAGGCAUAAAGUAAGAGAGCUUAUUGAUUUCAUACAAGAUGAUGAUAAGUUGCGCGAAGAGAGAAAAAAAGCUAAAAAAAACAAAGAUAAAUAUAUUGGAUUGUCCAGUGAAGCCAUGGGUUACAAAGGAUCAGGAACUGAAAAAUGGGAUGAAGUACCAAGAUGGAAAAAAGACAGUAACAAUGAAUUUAGUGACAAAAAAAGUAGUAGCACUCUAGGGUUUGAAGAAUCCCCUAAUAACAGUGAUGAAAAUGAUGUAGUGGAUUCUGAACCAGAACUUGAUUUGCCACAAAAACCUUCUGUUGAAGCAUAUAAAGAUCGUAGUAUGUCCCCUACUAAAAUUCAAAGCCCGUCAAAACAUAGAACACCUAUUAAACGUAUUGAUUUGGGUGCAGCAGCACAUUACGGCAAAAUACAAACUGAAAUCAAAUCUCCAGUAGCUACCACUAGCCCAAUAGAAACUGAGCUGAACUCUGUAGAUUUGUUAAAUAUUGUAGAUAACAGCAAUAAGCAAUCAAAUGAUUUUGGAGAUUUUAAUGCAGCAUUCAGUACUGCUCCUAGUACUGGUACUGCAUUAAAUAACUUAAGUACUAAUAAUGAUGAAUUUGCUGAUUUUAGUUCAGCAUUUACUCGGUCAACCACUUUAAACAGCAAUAUUGCAAGUUUAUCUAACCAAAAAUUAAUUUCAAAUACUGAUCUCCUAACGUCGUUACCACAAUCAUCUACAAAUGGAACAAGUCGUAAUUUGUUAGAUAUGAAUUUUGACACUUUAGAUAAUACAGCAACUGGAACAAUAUUGAAGAAACUUCUAGAAUCUAUUCACCAACAAUCAGAUUCAAAUAUAAUAAAAGUUUUAGAAGAAUUUAUUGAAUAUUUACCAGGCCCAAUGACUCCUCAAAAAUUUACAGGACUUGAUUGUUAUCCAAAUUAUUCUCAAGUUAUCAAAAUAUAUAGCCAAGUACUAGAAAGUAUUUUAGAACAUACAAAUUUUAUCAAUUAUAUUGAUUUAAUUUCAAAGAUAUUUGCCCCGGAUGGUGGUACACUAGAAAUGCUUGACAUAUCAUUACAUAUUUUAUGGAAUUAUAUUGCAUUAAAUUCAUUAUCCUAUAAAACUGAUUGUGCUAUUGAAUUAAUCAGCAAAAUUUUAAUAAGUGAUUUAAUUAAAUCUUCAAUUAUUACUGAAACUCUAAACUCAAAUCACAGUCGUUUUACAAUUAUUAUUGAUUUUUUAUUAUCAUUACCAAAUAGACUGGCCAACAAAGUUGGAAAGAAUUUACCUAAAUUAUUUAUUCCUGUAGAGUUUUCAAAUAGAAUAAUGAAUAAUAUAUUAUAUGUCAUUGACCAAUUGAGCCAAUUUUAUACUUUGGAAAAAAAGAAACCUAAUACAAAGCCAAUUUCAAUAAUUCUUGGGAAAACUAUUGCUUCUUUUCUUCAAAACGACUUUCAUACUACUUGGAAUAUUUUAGAAUGCUGGUGCUUGGACAAUAACUAUGCUGUAGUUAUUAGAAGUAUUUUCUCAGAAGUUGAUAGAAGAGCAAUUGAUAGACUUGGUUACUUGUUUUGUCGUAAAUUAUCAACAACUGUUUCAAUUCAUAAUAUCAUUGAAAAUGCAAUUAUUGAUGUACCUAACUGGAAUUACACUUUGUGCAAAAAAAUGAUAUUUCUUUUUUAUCACGAAGAUGAUAAUAUAGUAGUAAAUCUGAUGAAUUAUUUGUACUUAGUUCAACAAAAGUCUAAUACAAAUAUAUUAAGCUCUUUAAUCUUAGAACUUGUUGAAAUUUGGGGUGAUAAAAGUGCAUUGAUUCAUACACCAUUUGAACAACAUUAUUAUUUAUCUAAACUUAUUGUUGUUGGUUCAAUAUGUUUAGCAAAUAUUACGUUGGAUGAAGAUUAUAAAAGAAAUCUGGAAAUUAAACUCUUUGAAGGUGUUCCUGUUCAUCUUGGGAGUUCAGAAGAAAAAGUACGAACCAUAGGAAUGGUGUUAGCAGAAAUUGUUAUUGGUUGUAUGAAAUCCAAUGAAAAAGAUACUCCUAGCUUAAAAUUUGAGUAUGAUGGAUUACAAGAAGAAUCACAAUUGAUAAUAAAAACAUUAAAUGAAUUAAAACAUUUUAAAUGUAGUAAUGAUUUGAUGUUUAAUAAUGCUUUUAAAAUGUUAAAUAAUUUUUUCCAAGAAUCAAAUGUCAACAAAAUAGAAAAUUCUAAUGUAAUUAGUACAUUCCAUAGUAUAAAAGUAAAUAAUAUAAACAAUUCACUUGAUAAUAGUCUAGAUAGUGAUGAUGAUGAGUUUGAGCCUUAUGACUUAUCAAAUGAUGUUGAGAUAGAUUUAAAAAGUAGACCCAAAUACAUUCGUGAUCUUAUUGAUGGUUUAAACGAGCAAAAAGAUUUUAAGGUGUGGUGUGGUAGCUUAGAAGUGUCUGAAAGUCUUAUUAAAUCACAGUUAUCUAAUGAUGAUCCUUCUUUUGCCAUUGAGUUAUUAACAUUAUUAAUGAGUAUAGAACAACGGUUUUAUAUAGAAAAUUUUGAAAUUUUAAGAUUUCAAUCUGCUGUUGCUGUUGUAACUGUCUAUCCUUACGAUUGUUCAAAAUACCUUUGUAAUCUUUUUUAUGAAUCUAUUGGUAGAUAUGCUGUUUCCCAUCGUAUAUUGAUAUUAAAAGUUCUAACUAACUCAGCUCAAGAGUUAUCUGGCUUUAAAAAAACUGAAGAAAAACAAAAAGAACAAAUUGUAGAAAAUAGUCAUACAAAAUACUGGGAAGAUAUUAUCAAAAAAAGAAUUCAGCAUAAGACAAGAAUAAUUUCCAAUCCCAGAACACCUAUUAAAUAUCAAAGUAAUAGAUUUGUAUCAGUAGCUGAUGCAUUUUUCUUCCCUCUUAUUCGGGGGAAUUUAAUAAAUCCUAUUGUUAACCCAAAAAUGGACCAUAGUGAGCAGUUGAAUAUUCUUGGUGUGCAUUUAUUGAAUUCUUUAUCAAUAAUAUUGUGUUGUGCUGUAAAUUCUAUGCAUGCGACCCGUAUGGCUGUAGAGCUCUUAGAAUGGACUUGGUCAUUAAGAUUUCAUUAUGAUGUUAAAAUAAGAAUGGCUGUUAUGGGUUGUGUUGCUGCUGUUUUGUUAUCCGUACCAAAAUCAAGAAUAGUUGACUUGGGAAAUUUAUUAGAAGAAUUUAUUAUGUGGUUGGAAAAUAUUGUUACAUCUGAAGGAAUAAUGAAUAAAGUCGAUAAUGAAGUAAAUCAGGAAGCGAGAAAAUUUGCCAUGCAAGUUCUUCUCCUUUAUAAAAAUGUUGGUCUUCUUUGCCAUUGAAUCAAAUGAUUCAACCGGUAUCAUUUGCUCAGAAUAGUAAUACAGACAACAAAUCACCUGGAAACUUAAAUAAAAUACAGUUGGGCAGUACAUGGAGUGGAGUGAAGGAUCUAAAUAUAGACUUGGAUAAUCUAUUAUCACCUGGUAGUAAAUCGCCAAAUUCUAUUUCAAUA